AUGGUAGGUUCGCUUCCUCGGUCCCCUCCAGCCUCCCAUCCCGAUGAAGAAGUGGUAGCAGCUCUGGUGGUAAUUGGAGGUGUCGCGCUCGAAGAAAUAUUAGGAAGAGUAGAGGCGGCUCUCGCUCUGUUGCCAGUGUCAGUUGAGAAGCAGUUAGAUAAAAUCAUGAGACAAUUUUUAUGGGGUUCUUCAAAGCAGAAGUCAAAGAAGAGUUGGGUGGAUUGGAAAACAGUGUAUUUACCUAAAGAAAGAGGAGGUGUAGGGAUUAAAAAGUUGAGAAUCAUGAACAAAAAAUUACAUGCUAAGUGGAUAUGGAGGUAUGGUAAUGAAGAAAGAGCUUUAUGGAGGAAGGUAGUCCAUCACAAAUUUGGAGGUAACCAAAAAGCAUUCUUGCCAAAUCAAACUAGCAACUCAGUUGGAAAAAGUUUAUGGUCUGGUAUUUUGAAGAGUGCUUCUGCUGUGGAGUUAAAUUCUGUAAUUCAAGUCAACAUUGGGGAUAUGAACUUGAAGGAGUCUGAAGUGGAAGAUAUAUCACAUUUACUAAACUUACUUCCUAAUAUUAAUUCUAAUUCUGGAAGUGAUCAAAGAAUUUGGCAGGCAGGUAAUCAUGGUUUUUCUGUGGCUGAAUGUUAUAAGGCUCUUGAAGAUGAAGGUUUGAUUAUGUUCCCUUACAAAUAUGUAUGGAAUCCUAGAAUUCCACAGAAGGUGGUCUUCUUCACUUGGACUCUAUGUUAUAAUGCAGCUCCAACUUUAGAUUCUUACAAGAAUUCUAUUGUGGUCAAUGGCUGCUUGCUUUGCAAGAAGGCAGCUGAAUCAAAUCAGCACAUUUUCUUGCACUGUGAAACUACAAGGAAUGUUAUUUGGGAAUGGAGAAGGAAGAAGGGUGCUGCAAUUUCUAUAAAGAAAUGGAUCUGGGAUAUUUAUCCUUUUGCAAUUUGGUGGGCAAUUUGGAUUGAGAGGAAUGAUAGAUUAUUCAAUGGCAGGUAUAAAACUUUGGACUCAAUCAUUAAUGGUGUCAAAACUUUAGUUUUCAACUGCUGUGUGGGUAGAGACAUUUUCCAGGGCUACUCUUUGAACACGGUCUGGAAAACUGGAAGGUUGUAA